AUGCUUGAAAGACAACUUCACUAGCUUCACUUAAAUAAAGACUUGCUAUAAGAAAAUUUCGAUAGAGCUUUGAAUGGAAAAAUCAGAGUGGGAUAUUGUUUUAGUCUACCUACUAUUGAGGCUAGUCUUUCAAUGCAAAGAGGUAUUAAACUUGCCAAACAAGCUCUUGAAUAAAAAGGAUUCGAAUUAGUUCCAUUUGUUUUCACCGUUGAAGAAUUAAUGGAAGCUAAGGAAUUAUAUCUUGGAUUGAUCGCUCAUGCUUUUGUUUUGAAGAAUUAUAAGAGGAUGAUAGAAAAUUACGAGAGACCUCUUGCUAACACUACUAAGAGCUACAAUUUCUUCAAUUUAAACCCAAUUAUUAAGUUUGUGCUCAUGAAAAUAUUAGAGUUUAAGGGUGAAAAGAGAUUUGUAGAAUAAGUGAGGCAUUUUAAACCUUUAAACGAUGAUCAGCUAGAUUAGCUUAUGAUAAGACAAAGAGACUUCUAUGAGAAGAUGCAUAAAAAGUGGAAUAGUCUAGGUAUUGAGGCUUUGAUUAUGCCUACCCAUGCAAUUCCCGCUUUUAAACAUGUUAAUAAUGGGGAAGUUGGUGGCUUCAAUGAUUAUUUAACUGCUUUCACCAUUACUCAUUACCCUAUAGGAGUUGUGCCAGUAACAGAAGUACAAGAAGGUGAGGAUUUGACUUAUGAUGAUGGAGUGAAUGAUAUGAUUACAAUGAAUAUCAAAAAGGAUAUGAAAGGAACUGUGGGAUUGCCAGUAACUAUCUAAGUAGUUGGGCAAUUAUGGGAGGAUGAAACUGUCCUUGGAGUCAUGAAAGCAAUUGAUAAAACUAUUAAAUUUAGAAAAAGGCCUCAAAAUUUUUGA